CUUGUCAACCAAAAUCUUUAACGUCAAACAUGAAAAAUAUAUUUAAUUAAAAAUGCCCAAAAUUCAAAUAAUACAAAUCAGUGACUUUGAAAAAUGAAAAAGGUCGUAAAUGCGUAAUAUUAAUAACCAGUGAUCUGAUUAUGCGUAUAAAGUUUACCCGUUUAAUAGCAUUUAUUGUUGUGUUCGCUAAUGUUAUCGUGAUUUACUAUAGUUUGCGUUUAUUAAUUUCUUUCGGAGGCUUUAAAACAUACUACUCACCUCCGACUAUAAAAACUACAACAAAAUCACCUUCCAAGCAUGUUAGUAAAUUAGUGACAAUCAUCGUGAGAGAGUUUGAAUCUUUCGAAAACGAUGUUACCGCAACCGUUCAAUCCUUCUUAAACGUGUUUCCAAACAUCCAAGUGGUGAUAAUUUACGAUUCACUUCCAUAUCCGCCUCUUGAUAUUAAUUUAAGAAAUAACAGUUUAAAAAAUGUGAAAGGAUAUGCUCUCUUUUCAAGUCUCAAAGUUCCGUAUGCAGAAAAAUAUCCAGUCUUUCAAAUUAAGACAAAGUAUGUCCUUUUCGUCCCAGACUCGACCCGAAUUUCUUCCAGACUAAAUCUCCAAUUAAUGGUUGCUGAACUGGGCAAACAACCCAGUUCAAUUAUCGUUGCCCCAGCAUCGAGUAAAAAAGAGUUAGGAUGUCUUAGAGUGAAUGUUAACGUUCGGGAAUGGACGCUUAAGUAUAGUUUAACAAAAAGUAAUCUUUGUGAUGCCGUGACAGGCAAGCAUUUCAUUUUAAUGGAAACUGAUCUUUUGAGGCAAUUGCCAGAACCGUUUAUUUUACCAUUUCCUCAUUCCUUGUAUAUACAAACCGCUCCUUUACUGGUAGAGGUCAAGAUUGUGAAAGGUAUAUUUUUUCAAGAAGGUAAACCUGUUCUAAAGUCACAUCACGCUCAGUGGAAACAAAAACAAAUCUACACCGAGCGUCUGAAAAAUCUGUACAAAGUUUUCCAAAUCAAGCAAGUCGUCCGAGAAACCGGCGUUACAGAAUGGUAUGGUUGCACACGGGAGACCUCUCGUUGCUUUGGUACCAUUAUCGACCUCAUGCCAUCGUAUUUGUACGAGGGUAGAUGGACGCCCCCUUGCUGUCUUUCCAAUUUGAGGAAAACAGCAAAACACGUCUUUAACACUCUGGACGAAGCUGGGAUUAGAUACUGGUUGGAGGCUGGAAGCUUGUUGGGGGCUAUGAGAAGUGGGGAUAUUUUACCAUGGGACCACGACGUAGACGUUGGUUUUAAUCGGGAUGAUUUACUAAGAAGUCCUUGGUUAAAAAAAGCGAAAGACAAACCUGUUGUUGACUCCAAGGGCUUCCUGUGGGAGAAAGCUACAGGGGGGAAUUUCUACAGAGUUAAUUACAGUAAAACCAACAAAAUGUACGUCAAUUUGUUUCCGUUUUAUUCGAAAAAUGGAACAAUGGUGAAAGACUCGUGGUUUACGAGUCAUAAAAAUAUGGAGUUUCCCGAGAAUUUUCUUCAUCCUAUGUCAAGUAUCGAAUUUAUAGGGAGACAAGUACCGAGUCCGAAUAAUAUUAGAGAUUUUCUAGAAUUAAAAUUUGGUAAGGGUGCGAUUGAAAAUCCCGAGUAUCCUAAUCCCAGUAGACUUCCUUUUCCUUAAUUGUUUGUGAUAAAAUUGUGUCCAGUAGGCUACUCUAUAGUUCUACUUUUGUGAUCAUAUGCAGUAUUUUAGUCAGCUAUUGUUCCAAGAAAUUAUUUUAUUAUCACAUAGUUAAUAAGCACAUUUAAAUUAGAUUAUUUAAGAGCGGAUAAGAAAAAACAAAGUUCUUUUUUACAUGAUAUAAAAAUUUAUGUUAUUGCCGUUUCUUAAAGAUGUACGAAAGUAUUUUGUUCAAUCACUUUUACUAAACAAGAGGUUGUUAUUUAAUGACUAUUGUACCUAAUUAGUUGCUCAAUUCUUCAAAUGUGAACUCUAUAUUAUGUUACACGACUAUGUGCCAAAGCGUUUUGUUAAAAAAUAUUGUUUAAAUAUUUAUGUAGAAGUUUAUUCAAUGUUAAUAAAGUUUACCGAUAAAAUA